AUAUUUAACACCGCCAGGGGAAAUGUGUUCCCAUAAUAAAUUACCUUAGGGGAACAUUCAUGCUUUUAUCAAUAAAAUUGAUUAUAGUACUUCCUAAUUCUCCUAAUUCUCCAGGGGGCACUAUUACAAACUGAAAAGAACAGUUGACUGGGGGUGUUUGGAAAGAUUCUGAAAACAUUUGUGACAGUUUAAAUAUCAAUAGGCUUUCAUACAAUACUGAUGUCAGAUGAAAUAACAGCUCACCUCAGCAUGUAUUGCUAAGGAUGUAAACAAGAGGAUGUUGAAUCCCCUAGGCAGAUGUGCAGUGCUGAAGGUAUUGAGAGUUAUGACAGGUACUGUAACAGGGGAAGAAUACAGUAUAAUCCCCAAGGUGAGGGUGGAUUGGAUGAUCCUGCAUGUGGCUGCUUACUCUGCAGGAAAGGGGGGAAAGAGUGGGUCCCCACUCUCCCUUCGCCACGUCAUACAGCGAUUAGCUCCUGCAGAGUAAAUCUCCUAUCAGAGAGCUACCAAUAGCAUCUUCACUUAUCCAACUGACAGUGGAGGGAGCAGGGAGAACAAAGCCAGGUGACCCCCACAUUCAAAAUACAGUGAGUUGCAUGCUUGUGUUGGUCUGUUUGUGUGCAGGCGCAUGUGUAUGUUUGUAAGUGUGUGUGGGUACCUCUGGCAUCUCUGGUUUCGUAUUGGGUAUCGGAUUACCCAAUGGGAGCUUUAAUAGAGCUAGAGACACUCUUGAUUGUGAGUCUGAAUGAGGUAGAGGGUGAAGGUAGGAAGAGGGAGCAGAGCGGAGCUGCCAGACAGGGUAGAGAGGGCACGACAACUUCUGCAGAACCAGGGACACGGAUUACACAGAGAGCUGAACCCAAAAGUAGCGUACAGCUGCAUGAAUGAUAGCCAGGAGGAGAGAGACCCUGCCAGGAUCUUCAGCGUGGCACUGCUGGUGGAGUCUCUGUCUCCUGCACUCGAAACAGGCUGAUAGACGGAGCUGUGGGUAGUGACAAGACAGACGGGAGAUGGAGGUGCCGCUUGUCAAUUUUGAGAACAUGGAUGAUGUCGGCAUCAACCUUGGUGACCCGAGUGACUCCGGGUACCCGACUUCACCCACCUCAGAGGCACCUGAUCAGAAUUUGUUAACCCACCGUCUGGCUUCCCCCCAGCAGUCACCACACAGAGGACGACGUGGCCAUCAGUCCACUCAAGAGGGGUUGUCACCAUCCUCUCCAGCAACCGUGACCACAAAAGCGAACUCCAGCAGUGGCAGCUUGAUCUCUAAUCUGAAGCUCCUGAUCAACAGCGAGUCUCCCACUGACAGCGUCUUCAGUAAGAUGGCAAAGGAUUGCUAUGAGAGUGAAGAUUUGUUUGAAAGACACUACAUUGAAGAAAAAGACGAGAAGGUUGUCAUCAAUAUUUCAGGCCUCAUGUUCGAGACCCAGCUCAGCACCCUGAAUAAGUUUCCCGAGACACUGCUCGGUGACCCCAUGAAGCGGAUAAGCUAUUUUGACCCAAUGAGAAAUGAAUACUUUUUUGACAGAAACCGCCCAUCAUUUGAUGGGAUUCUGUACUACUACCAGUCCGGUGGAAGAAUCCGCAGACCAGCCAACGUUCCCUUAGAUGUUUUUGCUAAUGAAAUUGUUUUCUACGAGCUAGGUCAUGAAGCGAUGGAGCAGUUCCGCGAAGACGAAGGGUUUAUUAAAGAGCCAGAGGUCCUUUUGCCCACCAACGAACUCCAACGACAGUUCUGGCUCUUAUUUGAAUACCCAGAGAGCUCCAGCGCGGCCAGAUCCGUAGCUCUGGUUUCUGUGUUUGUCAUCGUCAUUUCCAUCUUCAUCUUCUGCCUGGAGACUCUGCCAGAGUUCAGGGAGGACACUGACUUUCUACCGGGUUUAACCCAAACUAUCAAUGGCACCCAAGACAGCUCUGCCCCUCAUCCUGCCACUAAAGAUAUCAUGGCUUAUCUCACAGACCCCUUUUUCAUUGUGGAGACUAUUUGCAUCAUUUGGUUCUGCUUUGAAGUCGGUGUCCGCUUUGUGGUGUGCCCCAGCAAAAGUGAUUUCUUCAAUAACAUCAUGAAUAUCAUUGACAUAGUCUCUAUAAUUCCCUACUUUGUAACCCUAGGCACAGAGCUGGCAACGACCCCCGACGAUGACAUGAACUCCAGUCAGAACAUGUCCCUGGCAAUCCUAAGAAUCAUCCGACUAGUGAGAGUUUUCAGAAUUUUUAAGCUCUCCCGACACUCAAAAGGCCUUCAGAUCUUGGGUCAGACCUUAAAAGCCAGCAUGAGAGAACUGGGGCUGCUCAUUUUCUUCCUUUUUAUAGGAGUCAUCCUGUUCUCAAGUGCCAUCUACUUUGCAGAAGUGGAUGAGCCCCAGACGCAGUUCGUUAGCAUCCCCGAUGGCUUCUGGUGGGCCGUCGUGACAAUGACCACUGUGGGAUACGGAGACAUGUGCCCCAUCACCAUGGGAGGCAAAAUGGUCGGCACUCUCUGUGCCAUUGCCGGUGUCCUGACCAUUGCCUUGCCUGUCCCUGUCAUCGUCUCCAACUUUAACUAUUUCUACCACCGAGAGACUGAGCAGGAGGAGAAACAGGUGAUGGAUGCAGCGGCAGAGGCUGCCCAGAAAAUGUCAGCUGCUAACAAGUACGGAAGCACAUCUUCGCUAAACAAAAGUAACGGCACGUGGCAGAAUGAGAAGAAUGGCAUGCACUGAUAGAGAAACUUAGGUAUUUAUGAAUAUCAAGGGUAUGAAAAACAUAUGGACAAAUCAAACAUAUCUGUUAGUCAGAUACACUGAAUAAUAACAGUUUAUCUUUCUCACAAUUUUGUACUCCAAACAUGGCAGCAUUUGUGCAUAUGUGCAUUAUUACAGUAUUAAUAGGCACUGUGUGGUGGUGAGACAGCCUUUACACAAGUUGUCUGUCUGCUUGUGGAUGUGUCAAAGUGCAAUUAACACAACUCAGCAACUACUAUGUCAGUUUUGAUGAGGAGACCUGAGAGGUAUAAUUAUUAUCUUUCAUCCAGUGCAAUUUGAAGAAAAAUGUGAUGGCUCAUUUGUACUAUAGACAAACAUUUCACCUUGAUAAUGUAGAUUGUUAGAGUAAAUAUAGCAGUGAAAGGCAAAAUAAGUUGUAAAAUGUCCUUCUGGAUUAUAUAACAGUGUAAGUUGAUCCCUCAGAAGAAGAGAAAGAGUUUUUGAUAAUCGUAGCAUUUAAAGCUGGAUGUAUGCUCGUAUUACAUCACAGCUCCAUGUUAGUCUACACUUCGUCAUAUUCAGCAAAAUCUAGAUAGAACUUGGCAUGAUUUUCAAGGACAGGUGAAAGUGUCCAGUGUAAGGCAAGAGGACAUCGGCGCACACAUUGUCUUAUCAGCAAAUCUAUAGUUGUGAAUGCUCAGCCGGCAGCACUUCUCCAUGUGACACAGCGUAACAAUAUCUGUGUGAUAAAUAGCUGGCACGUUAGCACAUCUGCUAUUAAUCUUGUAGAUACAGUAGGCUGCAGAAUAUAAAUCAAACCAUGAAACUGCUUAACAUUCACUGUAUUAUAGUCCAUGCAGUAGUUGCAUGCAGCAGUUUCAGUUAUUAAAUCAAAGGUUAUUUUCAUCUACAUCGUUUUUAUUAUUUGGCAUUUUGCACCAGAUCAUGCAGAUUCAGCUCUUUAUGAGAUCGCCCUCUAACCUCUUAUUAUAAUGUGAAUUAACCCUUUAAAAACCAUAUCAAUUCAUUGCACUGAGAGUGUUUUUUUCCACAUAUAUCUCUCAAGCACUUUCAUAGCUUUACACCAUGAGCUGUUGGCAGGGAAAACAUAUUUAUCAGAGUGUAUAGAAAUGUGAGACGAGAUGUACAUUUGUGAUCAGACUGAGAGAAUAGAGGAGAGUGCAAAGACAAAAACUCUGAGCAUUUCUCCAUUUACCUUUGUUCUCUCAUUUGUAUUGCAUGGCAUAGUGUGCCGAAAUGAGGUUUAACUCUACAAGUAACUGAAGUUUGACAUAUUUAUUGUAGCUAAAUAUAUUAAUCAUAUAGUGAUGAUCAUCAUAUUCCAUGUGAUAGGGAAAGCCAAUACUUAAACUGGAUUUCUGAAAUGAUGACAACAGAUGAUGACAUUUAGGUCUCAUCUGGAAAUAUGAACUGGUACUAUAUAGUGUAUGCAUGCCACAUUUCAAUCUUGAAAAUGUACUGUAUGUGAGUUUAUUAUACAUAUAAAUACAGCUUGUAUUGAAUGGCAGUGGAUGUAGUUGUAACUCAAUGAAUGCCUUUUUAAUCAUCCUACAA